AAGCUCUAGUACUACAAUGGGUACUAUUUUCAACAUUCCUUUCCGGCUGUCAUUUACAAUCAGGGGAUCAUGGCUCCGCGAUACGAAAUUUGUGUUGGCCUGAACAAGGGCCACAAAACAACUAAGAUAAAGCAGCUGCAAUACCGUGGAGAUCGCAAGGUCAAAGGAAUCCGCCCGUCGCGCACAAAGGGAAUCCAGACCAAGCACACCAAGUUCGUCCGCGAUCUGGUUCGUGAGGUUGUCGGUCAUGCACCGUACGAGAAGCGCGGCAUGGAGUUGCUAAAGGUUUCGAAGGAUAAGCGUGCGCUGAAAUUCCUGAAGCGUCGCCUAGGUACGCACAUCCGUGCCAAGAGGAAGCGCGAAGAACUGUCCAACAUUCUGGCCCAUAUGCGUAAGGCUGCCCACAAGUAAGCACCUGGGCGGUGUCGUGGCUCAGUUUGGUCGCAUUGUUUGUAAGGUUUACAAUAUACGAAAAUGAAAAUCGUAAAUAUAAUUUCAACUACGUUUAACAACAA